CAUAUUUGAAAAAAAAUCCAAGGUGAUUCGGUGGUCGUUAAGGUUGAGGUUAGAACGAGGCAAUGACGCCAGAUGGCAGAAGUGCAUGGACAACAGAGACCGGUAGUCUGCCUCCCACUGGAAGACGAAAAAGUGGAUGAAUUGAUUGUUAAUGUGGCAACUCUGUGACUGCGUCCAUCAAUCCGUCGCUGUCGUUAACAACAACAAAGUAAUUGUCAUGAACUCCGCAAGCAAGGUUGGAGAAAUAUUUACAGCCGCCGGCGCGGCGUUCAACAAACUGGGGGAACUCACAAUGCAGCUACACCCGACGACAGAUUCGCCGGCAGGUAAAUGGACUGACGAGGAAAUUGAGAUGCUCCGUCACUCAGUAAAGACAUUCAGUGAAGAUCUGAGCAAAAUUAGUGAACACAUCAAAGGGAGAACGGUGACUCAGAUAAGAACAACGCUGAAGAAAAAAGCUUUUGAGGAAGCUGGAGUACCAAUAAGACAGGUACCCCAACAACAGACGCAGGCUACACCUCAAAGUGUCCAGAAACAGCAGAAUCAGGGGAAUUCUACUGCCAAUCAAGCUAUGAUGAGUAAAUCCGCUGAGGUAACUCUUAAUAUGCUGAAUGCACCUGAAUCUGAAGUGGAUGUAGAAGGUCUACCUGAGGAGUGCCAAGUGAAAUUGGAAUUUGAAGGAGCUACUGAAGAAGUUGCCUCAUGAUCCAUCCAUAUCAGUCGCUUCAAUGAAUAAAUGACAUUAAUAAUUAAGAUCUUAGGUAUAUAAUUUAUUAUAGCAACUUGUAUAUUCUGUGUUUAUUGUAUCGCUUCGUUGAAAUUAUUUUUUCAUCUUAGACUAAUAAAAUCAUUCAUGACUCGAA